UCUCUCUCUCUCUCUCUCUGGGCCCCUCCUUUCCGCCCACCGGCCCACGGACGCCCUUUCUCCUCCUCGCCCCCCUUAUCUCUCCCGUGGAGGGAGCAGGCUUGCUUGCGCCGAAGAACGCCACCGUCCCCGCGCGCUCUCCCCCGUCCCCUUGGACUGCAAUUAUGUUUGCCCCGUGCCCGCUUGGCGGGGCGUUCUAUCUGUCGUCCUGCCGAACCCUCAAGUUCUGCACAAAAGAUCAAAUUGCUGCCCCUCAAACUGGCCAGACCAUCCACCUGUCAGAGCCCAUCUCCUUCCCGGUGAGCCGGCUUUCGCUCAAUCCCUCUUGCGCCCUCCUCCUGCUCCAGGGGCCUGGGCAUUUGCUGGUCGUCAAUGUGGCGGGAUUCCUGCGCACCCGGGCGGCGGACCGCCCCCUGCCGGCCUUCCACCUGCCGGCUUCCAAGCUGGCCGGGUCCCAUCUGCACCUGGCCGCCAAGGCGGUGUCCAUCCUGCAGCUGGAGUGGCACCCGCUCUCGGCGCAUGGCCAGCACGUGGCCAUCCUGCUGGAGGCUGACGGCGGUCGCUACCUGUCCCUGUACAGUCUCCUCGGUCGGGAGUGCGAGCUUCUCCUGCCGCUGGUCCUGAGCACGGAGGCCAAGGCCCCGAACAGGGCCUCGUCGCGCCGCGGCUUCAGCGACCCGGUGGUGGCCCUCCGACAGGACCACAUGCAGCACACCUACCUACCGGUGUCCUGCUUCGCGUUUGGCGCCGGCCCCGCCACUGUGGGCUCCUCUGCGGCCGCCACCGCCGAGAGUGCUGCAUGCGCUUCUGCCCCCAUGUCGUCGGAGACCGCCGCCACUGCUCCCGGCCAGGGGUGGCUGCCACUGAGUGUCUUCCUGGCCACGCCCGCGGGCAUGGUGUAUGCCGUGUCGCCCUUUGUGCCGCGCUCGUGCCACAUGUCCCUGGAGCUUCUGCGCGCUCUGCGAGCCAGUUGCCGGGUGUCGCACGCCUCGGCCGAGCAGGCCGCCUGGGUGGACUCGCUGUACCUGGUGGAGUUCAACAAGUUCAGCCUUCGGUCCGAGCGUCUGCCUUCGGUGCAGGGCCCCUUCCUGCUCUCGUCUCCUGAGUCGACAAACUUCCAGCCCACCCUGCCAACCCCCUCGGCGACGAGCACCGUCGACGCGGUUCUGGCGACGCCGGUCACGGGUGACCAUGCGCUGCUGACCCUUUUCUAUGGGUGCGGCGCCCUGCACAGCGCUCUGCACCUGCAUGGCAUUCUUCCCCAGUGGCAGACCGGCGCCGGUGAGGUGUCCGCGCACCCGCUGCUGGCCGGCUCGAGGGCCGACUACGCCAAGCUCUACCCCAUGCGGGCCUUUAACUUUGGCCAGGGCGCCCCCGCCACCGGGCAGGACCACCAGUUCAUGGCAACUCCCCUGGCCGGGGCCGAGGCGUGCCUGAUCUUCUCCCCGAGCUCGGUUUACCUGCUGGACUUUUCUCCCCUCUGCCUCGGACUUCGACGCUUCUUCAGUAGCCUGGCCGGCCCGGUGGGUGUCCACGCGACCCUGCCGCAGGCACUCCUGGCCCCGGAGAACCUCCUGUGCCGGGUGUCCUGCCUGCUGCGCGUCUUCUCCACCCGGCAGGCGAUCAGCGACUGUCUGCUGGUCCGACCGGACCUCGGGCCGCUGGCCCUCCGGCCGGGCACCGACUCCGGCGACUGCCCCGCCCUGCUGGUGGUGUCGCUGCACCAGAGCAGCGGCACCUUCACCACCGCCUGCCUGCCCUUUGACCUGGCCAAGCAUGCGGCCUCGGGGACCGCGGCCCCGCCCGGCCGGGUCCCCGUCUUGGUACCCGGGAAUGAGGCAUCGGUUUCCGAUCAUGUGGCGUAUGUGCGCUCCCUACUGGAUGAGAUCCCCAUCAGUACCCGGAUGAUUGUCGAUGACCAUGCAGACGAGCAAAAGAUGCAGAUGCUGGCCGAGACCUUCGCUGAGGCUGCUCGGGCCCGGUCAUUGCCCAUCCUGUCCUACGUGUCAAGCAUGUUCAUGAUGAUCUUCAACCGCAUCGACCAGGCGAAGGCCGGCCAGACCGAGGAGGCGGAGCUCCUCGACCAAGCGUGGCAAAAGCUGUCGGGGCAGAACACCCAGCUGCAGGAGCGCAUUCGCCAGAACACCGCUCGUGCCGAGGCCCUGAAGUCCAAGCUGUCGGCGCUGCUUAUUCUGCACCUCAAGUCGAAAUCCGCCACCAUCUCGACAGCCGAGCAGGAGCAUUUCAAUCGACUGGAGGACCAGUCGCGCCAUGUGGAGCAGCUCCAGCUUGGUCUUGAGCGGCUGGAGGAGCGCAUCGGCUCUCUGAAGGGCGCGGCCAUGGCGGCGACCGCCGCCCAAGAGGGAGCAGGCAGCUCAGUUCCCGCGGAACUCCUGGCCGCGGACCCGGAGCGGGCGGUGGCCCUUCUGUUCCCCCCUCGCGAGGGGCUCCUCAUCUCGGAGGAGCUCCUGAGCCUACGUACCUCCAUCAUGUCCCUCAAGAGCAGCCUUUCGUCAGCGGAGACUCGCCUCAGCCACCUGCUGUAGAGGCUUCCCUGUCUGCCCCUCGUGUACGGCCUUGGGCUCUUUCUCUCUAUCGCUUUGUCUGUCUGUCUGUCUCUCUCUCUCUCUCUCU